UCUGGCAGCACUGUCAGCAGUCGAAUUAUUUAUCUCCACAGUUUAGCCACAAAAACAAGAAGCAACAAAGGCACCCAAGAUGUCAAAGGCGGCGCGACCUUCCCUGCGUCUGGGCCAGCAGGACCUGAAGUGCCGCACGGGAUGCGGAUUCUACGGAACACCCCAGAACGACGGACUUUGUUCGAUGUGUUUCCGUGAUGUUCGAUGCGUUCAACGGAAGUUGAAGCAAAAGACAGAUGAAACGGGCCCCGGAUCCUCCUCAACUUCACAAAUCGCAGCUGGAUCCCUGGAGCGGAGAUCCCCACAACAUGGACAUGGUCAUGGCCAUCAGGUUAAAAAACCUGAGCAGGAUACUCCAGGCACGCUACAAAAGAAGAAGUUCACCGCUGUUUUGCAGAAAACACUUCAAGCUGGAGCCCAAAAAAUCACCCAACAGCGUGGUCAUGUCCCUGAUCCCACGGAGGGUCAGUUCCUGCUGCAGCUGCGCCAACUCCGCAUUCCCGACGACGGCAAACGCAAACUCAAGCUGGAAAUCCAACGCUUGGACAGCGAAAUCUGGAAGUAUAUGAACGGAAAUGGCGGCAAAAACAUCAAUGAACUCUCAGAUUUAGUGCAAAAUGCCUACACCAAAGUCUCGGACAUCGUGCACAACGACCCUAGCUUUGAGAUAGCCACCAACGAGGAUCGUGAUAGUGCCAUUGACUUCUUUGAGAAGGUGGUGAUGACGCAGAACCACAAAUUUCUCUUUAGUCCCUAUUUUACAACGGAUGAGGACAGCGAUGUAAAGGUUCAAAAGCGCAUUCGCCAGCUGAGCUGGAUCACGGCCAAGCAUCUGGACUGCAGCAUCGAUGAGGUCAACUCGGAGGCCAGGGAUCUGGUUUACAAUGCUAUAUCCGAGUUGGUGGGCAUCGAUUCAUAUUACUCGCCCCAGGAGAAGCUGCAGUGCACGUGGCGCUGCUGCAGGCAUAUCUUCGAGCUACUGAAACGGGCAACUGGUGGACCAGCUAGCGCAGAUGACUUCCUACCCGCCCUGAUUUUCGUCGUCCUGAAGGCCAAUCCCGUGCGCCUCCACAGCAACAUCAAUUUUGUGACGCGCUUCACAAAUGCAUCGCGCGUGAUGAGCGGCGAGAGUGGCUAUUACUUCACCAAUCUUUGCUCGGCCAUUGCCUUUAUUGAGUAUCUGAAUGGUGAGAGUCUGGGCAUCAGUGGCGAGGAGUUCGACGCUCUGAUGUCCGGACAGCAACCCUACAGUUCGCCCUGGGAAAGUGCACUGUUGGGCUGCGAGAGUCUUCACUUGAUUUCCGAGAACAUGAAGCGGAUGGAGAUGCUGCAGAAAAAAAACGCGUUGAUAAGCUCCGAAAUUACAUCAUUUGAAAAGAAGCUAAUUGAUUUCCAAAGGGAGGUGACCGAGCGAGUGGACACCGUGAUAGCUAAGGCGCCACUCAACCUGCUGCCCAUCAAAACACCCGCUUUUCUGAUUGGACAAGCAAGAGCUCAUCUCCACAACGAAAACGAAGCUGGUCAUUAUCAGGCAAAUAUGCUGAGUGGCGGUACGUUGACCACCCAAUCGCUGACUGAUGUUGUUGGCUCGGUAAAGCCUGCGAUGGCUUCGGAAGAUUCAGGACUAUCCCUAAAGGACACCAGUAUGGGUUCGAUGGGUCGUCUGUCACCACUACAUCAGAAUCUUCAGCCAGCCGAACACCUAUUCGCUUCGCCAAUCUUCAAUUACACCGCCUUUGAUGCCGUGUCCCUGUUGGAGGAGCCCUCAUCCGAGGGAAAUACAGAUGUGCUCAUGCUGGGAUCAGAGUUUCAAGGAGGCCUGACCAACAUAAACUACGACUUUGAUUUGUCGGAUCAGAGUGGCGAAAACAGCACUGCGGAUGAGUCCAAACUGAACCUCGACGAAUUUGAUCCCCUGGCGCAAACAGACUCAAUUACUCAGCCACCUUCUGUUCUAGACAGCACCACGGAUAGCCUGAUAGACAGCGAAGUGCCUGGGACAGCUGUCCUACUCCCAUCCCCUCUAAAGCCCGAGGUGGCCAGCUACCGGGGCUUCUCAAACUUCGAUAUUCCCAGCAUCUCCUGCAACACGGGGGACUUUAGUUCACUGGGUCAGGAAGGCACCGAGGCACCCAAAUAAUUUCGGGAUGCGCUCACUCCUGAUUUUCCCCUGCACGUAAGCGAAUGUAAAUAGAGAUAAGUGAAUACAAAAGUUUGCACAUAUUUAUUUGUGCGAUAUUUAAAUAGCUUUACAAAAAGGACGUUUAAUAAAUUAAAUCAAAAAUCUUAAAGUAUGCAUA